GAUUUGUAGAGCUGAACACUGAGGAUUAUUUUACAGUAGCUUGUAAAACGAAGAAACCAUUCCACACCCAACAAUAAUUGACUGCUUUCCACGGAAAUCAGGCUGCAGCAAUGGCAGAACACUUGGCUUUUACCAUUCAGAACCGUGAGCGAAUCCAAGCAGUAGAAAGCUCGUUUGGCCGCACCGGAAAGAUGCUUCAAAAACCCGGCCGUUUUCUUGUCGGAGAGGGGUGUUUGCAGAAACUUUGCCGACGUGGUCCUCAACCCAGAGUCUUCUACCUCUUCAACGACAUCCUGGUGUACGGGAGCAUCAUGCUGCACGGUCGCUGGAACAAUAAGCAAAACAUCAUUCCUUUAGAAGAGGUACAGCAGGAAGAUCUGGAAGACGGGAUGGCCAUGGCGAACCAAUGGCUCAUCCGAACACCUCGCAAGUCUUUCUACGUCUCUGCUGAAUCCCCAGAGGAGAAAAUCGCAUGGAUGGGCCACAUUGAGCAGUACAGGACACUCCAUGUGAAAAAUAAAGGCCUUCCUGCGAAAAAAAGCGGAGAUGACUUCGCGACACCGUGGAUCCCUGAUGUGGCUUCGGCCAUCUGUAUGCGUUGCUCCAAACGAUUCACCGUUGCUAAUCGGAGGCACCACUGCAGGAGAUGCGGGUAUAUAGUAUGUCAAGCUUGCUCAAAGGGCCGAGCCGUGCUGCCACACAUCUCUAACAGACCUGUGAGGGUUUGCCGAAAUUGCAAGAACGACAUGACAGACGGAAUGAGACAAGUACAGGGGAAGAUGAGAGCAAAGGGAAAUCACUGGAAGAAGAACUCCGUCGAGGACACACCGACAAUGCCGGAGUUUGAGAACUCCAGUGAUGAGGAGAAUGAAAACGCAGACGAGUGCCACCAGGUGCCCACCAAGUGGUUCCAGAGCCAGGAGGAGGACAGUUUCUCUGCGUACUGUUACAUUAAGCCCGAGCACAGAAAUCCUCCGGUUGGUGGACACUAAACUAGAGAAACUGCUGUUAUAAGGACUGAUAGAAAACUGUGAAGUAUUUUGCACUAAAUCAUAUUGAAUCACUGUUUGCACGUGUGUCUUUGUUUUGUAUUUGUUUGUAUAUUUGAAUGGAUAUUCUAUUUCUGUUGUGUGUCCAAAUAUGUUGUAUUAUAGCUGAUGUAUAAAACAAUGUGCCUUACUGUGGUGAGCAUUAAUAAAGUGUUAUUAUAAAAUA